AUGUUUCCUUCGUCUUCUGGCCCAGGUCAACGACCGUCGGUGGCUCCUGACGGGUUCUGGUUUCCUGCCCCUUCUGUUCCUUCUCCUUCAUGCUUGCCACACGUGUUGCAACUAUCUCUGGGUUCAUCGACGUCAGCUUCCUCGAAUUUGUCGUUUCAACACUCGCAUCGUUCGUGGCCGAAUCUGUAUCCACCUGUCGUUCCGCCUCCGUCGUUCCCAGGUCAUGCAGCUCCAUCUAUGCCAUCUCCAUUUCCCUCUUCUUCUUUUGUUAUGUCUUCGUCAUUUAGUCCUUUCUUACAACCGUCUCUUUCCACACCGAACUUGAAUCCUUACCCUAGUAGUGUACCGUCGAAUAUUUCUCAGCACCAGCGACCGUCUAUACAUACACAACAACAACAGCAACAGAACGCCAGUAACAGUAAUAAUCCUUUUCUUAAUUUGCAGAAUAACAGUCAGCCAAUACAUAAUACCUAUAAUUACUUUACAUAUUCUUCUCCAUCUUCAUCUGUUUCCACCCCAUCCACGACCUCAAUUCCGGAACUGACAGGGCGGACGACCUGGGGAUUAUGGGUUCAUGGCAUCAAGUCGCUGGCGGAUAUCAAUGGGGUACUACCUCACAUCAUCGAGGAACCAAUGCCGGGUGUAGUGGUGAUCAACCCUAUGUGUCGCCCUUCUUACCCCCCUGUGUUAUCGCCAGAUCCGUCUCCCCAAGAAUGGGACACCUUUGUAGCGUGGCAUCGUAAAGAUGCGGUCAUGAUUCAUAUCCUGACCUCACGACUGUCGGCUGAUGUUUCUGCAGUGCUUCCCAUGGUCGAUGAUCAUGGGGGCGCCGAACGAGAAUUCACUGUGCGCACCCUAUUGGGUAUUUUGAGGAAGCAUUUUGGCCUGGGUCAACCAGUGCAAGCACAUGCAGCUCGAGAGGCAUUACGCACGUACACAGUGGAUAUGAGGAACGUGUCCAGGUUCAUACAGCGCUGGCGUUCGACGAUUCUUUCGUUGAGGGCUGAACAAUACCCGAUCAUUUACUUUGACGUGGCAUUGAAUCUGGUGAAAAACCUACCCAAAGAUGGUGGUUGGUAUCUUCCAAUCCGUCAAGAAGUCACUCGCGAUUGUGGUCAGGCGGCGGAUGCCAUUGAUUUCGCGUACUUCGACUCGUUGAUGGAUCGUGUACUGGACCUGGAUACUCAAUGGCGUCUUUCUAAACCCUCGUCUCGUACCCUCCGAAAGAAAUGUGACAUCUGUGGUCAACAAAGUCACACUACCGAACAGCAUGACCCAUCUAAACAGAAGGCUAAUGACAUUUCGUCCACUGGACUGUCCUCCUCCCCAUGCAAAUCCCAGACCUCCAGACAAGUCCUAUUCUACUCCGCAAGCAAAUUACACAGAUACGACUGCAGAACCGACUACCUCUAG